AUGUUGUCGUCGCGCGCAUCCAUCGUCUUGAUCUUCGCCAUCCUCGUUGCCAUUAUGGCCGUCGCUCAAUGCCGGAACAUCCAAUACGACAUUGACGAGAUCACACCAGAGGCCGCAUUCCGUUAUGCCCAAUGGGGAGAGAUCCCACAUAAACGUGUUCCAUCCGCCGGCGACAUGAUGGUUCGAUUCGGAAAACGGAGCGUUUGA